UUUAUAAUUAUACGGGUUUCUGAAAUGGACAGGCAAAGAGAAUAAAAAUUGAAAUGAAAAUGUCGUACAUUCCAUUUAUGGACUCUUCAUUCAGCUUUGAUAGAAAAUACCUGAUGAGGGUCAUACAAUUGCGGGAAAGAUAAUUCAUGUAUUAUAAAAAGCUAUAGAAGAGUCAAGAGAAUGUUCAUUGUUUAUGCUCAUAUUGCGUUUGUUUAGAUUUUCGGAACGUACGAAACGAAGGAUAAGCGAGGUCGCAAGACAAUUCAAUACAAGAGGCGCUUAUUUAUACCGUAAGGAGCGCAGCAGUAACAAAAAGCGAUUGAGAAAAUCGGCAGCCACAUCCGAAGACUCAGCCGAUGCAAGUACUUCACCUAGUAAAUUAAGGCCACGUGGUUUAUCUGAAGAUAAUUUCAGUUCUGGAAGUACAUUUGAAAAACAUGAAGAAGAUUGUUACAUGAAUUGCGAAACGGAUUCGUAUAGCAGUUCUAUUGAGAGCAUUCACGAUGAAGAUCGUGUUAUGCUCCGGAUCAGUGAGCGUUUGCGGCAAUAUUUAGAGUACGAUCACGACAUGAUCGUGAAAUAUGCUAAACAACAUACUCUACCUUCACGCUUACCAGCCAUUGCUAUCUUAGAAAAUUUCGUUAAGCAGACUGCAGUGAAAAUGGUUUUCUCCACAACCCAGGCAGAAAGUACACGCCGCCGUAAUACACAACAACGGACAGACAAAAAAGAAAAAGAAGUUGAUAAAAUUAUCACAACUGUUGGAUUGCUUAAGGAAGUCGCUGACGGUCUACGCAUUUACUUCGAUUUCACCGUAACUGAUCAUUUACUUUAUAAAGAGGAGAAAGAACAUGCUUUCUCCUUUUUAUCGGAAGAGAAUUUGAAAAAUUUCACUUACGUGCCGACACCGGCAUUUUCGUUGGAUUGGUUUAACGCAAAAUCGGACACGAAUGAAGUUCAUAGUGCAACUAUGCAGACAUCGUCCGAGCACACGGAAACUGCUACACCAUCUACGUUAUUAGCCAACACAGCGGUAGUGUCCUCGACACAACAUAUGUCAAUACAAGAAGAUCAGCCUCAGCGUAGAAAGUUACGUUCACAUCGUAGCGAUGAUUGCGAUUUGACAUUAGAAAAUUGCUUGUCGAGCAUUGCCAGUACAAGUUCAGGAGCUUCGACACCGUUGCAUUCGUCUAUACCGAUCUCAAAUCUCAAUUAUUUAAAAUCGUUGCAACCUAUUUCACCACAAAUACAAGAUUUCUUACAGAGUGUGUUAUCAUGGCGACUGUUACCAUCUAACGCGGCGCCGGGACCGUCUAUGAUAUUUGGUGCACCCCAUUUGGCAAGACUGAUAGUAAAACUGCCGGAAUUUUUAAAUGCAACAAAUAUGAGUGAUGACAAACUGAAAGUUCUUCUACAACAUUUGGAUACCUUCACAAAUUAUCUUGAGUCUCACAAGGAAUGGUUUAACGAAGAUAACUACGCAAGAAGUUCAUCAUUAAAAAGAACAAAGCUUACUGACGCAAAAAUAGAAACAACUGUAUUCCAAGAUCAGCGGCAGCAGCAGCUGGAACAACAACGGCACCAAAAUCUAGUAUUAUCUGCAAGUUUACAAGAUAUUCAGGAAGAUAUUUCGACAUCAUUGAUUGCAAACGAUACAAUAAUACAUUCGCCACAGCAACCGGAUGCACAAAUCAAUCCCUCGUCAUAAGUGAUAGUCUUUUUUUUCUUUUUCCAAUUAUUAUAUAUUGUUACGGAAAUCUCAAGUCUAGUUUCAAGCCAUCUUAUUGAUUUUCCCAGAAAAUAAAUUUCUCGCAAUUGAAAAAACUCAGGCACAUUCAUGUCACCUUAUGCAACUGCCGGCUAACGAAAAAGAUUAGUGGACAAGCCGAUUAACGGAUUCAAAAUGGCGCCAUGAACUUAGGUAAGAGUACUAUGCUUGUAAAAGUACAUAUAAACAGAAUAUUUACCGACGACAGAGUUAGUCGGAGUAGAACAUUUGAGUCGAGACGUCGGGAGUAUUGCCGAAAUAGGAUUGUAAAAAAAAAAUCCAUGAUCUACUAGUGGAGCGAAUCACAUCAAGAAAAGCAAAUUUCGUAACAAUAUAUCAUAUUCGUAGGUUUUUUUGCCCUUUUGUUGAAAAUGUCAAUAUCGAAUGAGAAAGGAAUCAAUAAAUAUUUAAUUAAUCGAUGAAAAUA